AAAAAAAAACACUGGAAGAAAAACACGACGCGACCGACCGCAAAUUAGUUCGUUUCGUUUAUGAUUUCAUUUUUUCGCCUACUCGUUUGAAAGCAAGUGUUUCUGUUCUCAAAGCUAUGGUAUCAAGGAAAAUAACUCCGAGGUAGAGAACGCUCGGUUCGAAAUAAGCAGGCCGUUUUUGAAAUUGCAAAAGUUACACAAAUGUGGCCACUUGGAUAAAAUAGUGAUUAAGUUAAUUUAUGAGCCAAAGAUGAGAUUUUCUCCCUCCACUGCCGUCGUUGUCCGGGUUACCGGGUGGGAUAAUUUCGCAGCCUUCUCCGGCAGACCCAACAGUGCGAACAGUAGCUCAGGUUUGUUGUUAUUUUGUUGCAUUAAAGUUCCCUAGAAGCACAGACAAUGGCUACGGCAGUGUGUGGCUGGGAAACUGUACUCCAAUUUGAGGUGGAAAAUCCAGCAAAAAACAGAUCACUUUUGUUCGAAUCACCAGUCGUCAGUGGUGUUCACUUUUGCGCCCCCGGAGUGCUUUGAUUUUUUUUUCACUUCUAUUCACUCACUUCACAACCGCGAAAAAAAUAUACGAGAAAGUUAUCACAAUCGUAAUUCGAGUUAGCUCAGAGUCGGAUACGCGUUUUUCUCGUAAAUUACAUUCAACCGCACAAACGGUCGGUUCAGGUGAUUGGUGUGAGAAAAUGUGAUUCGGAAGGGCUCGUCGGUCGAAACGCGUGGUGGUGUGCCGAUUUUGAAUCGCUACUUCUCUGUGAUUAGGAUUUAAUUCGUUUUCGAAAAUUUAAUUCGAUUUUCCUCUUUGUGAUUUUGGAACGCGACAAAGCAUUGGUCCUGCUGCUAGUGACGAGCUAAAACAACAACGCUGACGACGACGGCGCAAGUUAAGUGAGCUAGUAUAACGACCUACUAGAUCAUCGCUCCCACCCGUCCGCGUAGGGAAAACCUGUCCACCUGGUCUGGAGUAGCUGGACCACCAUGCGUCUCCUUCGUUUCCGUCACCACCGCAGCCAUCACAUGGUUCUUGGUUGCGCUCAAGAGCCCGGAAUGUGAGCGAGUGGGUGGUUGUGCUAUGAUAUAUAGCAUUCCCUCGCCAAGUUACUGACGAAACGAGUGCGAAGCACUCACGGUUCAUCCCGAUGUGCAGUGAGCGGUAAACAUGCGCGUAUCGGUAAGAGCGUGAGAGACGUUCGUCGCUGCCGGUUGGAUACAAAGUUGCCAGGACUCGAAGCUGGGGGUUAGUGUUGAAUGAACAACAGUCGCGGCCACAGCAGCAGGUAGAUAUCCGUCGGAUUGUGUGUAGCAAGCAUGCCCCACAUCCAACUCAGUCAAACAGUCAGUCAGUCGGAGUCGGAGGUGGUUUGGUGGAUGGUGUGUUUUGGGUCCCGUUUCACGGAUGGCUAAGAAGGACAUGUUGCAGUAGUCAUCGUUGUCGUUGCUGUCGACGACGGUGUGAACGAGGAAACGGGCACUUUCGGGAAUUUUGCCUUCGUGUAGCACAGUAACUCCGGAGAAGGAGGAAGAGGUGGUACGAACGGGAAAUUAAGUUCGGAAAAAUCAAUUUCGAAGGCACCGCGCUCUCGAGAAUAAAGUAUUGAUGAGAAGAAAAGGGUUUUUUCGUGAAUAGAAUCGUUGUUUAUCUCACGUACGGAUUGUUGAGAUUUUUUGCGUUCCGUAGCAAUUUGCUGCUGGUGGCAUUCCUGGAUACGUGUUUUCAGUCCUGGAAGGUAGCCCGGAGCCAUUUUUGCUAGCAAAAAGUGAGUGAGUGAAGGAAUCACAAUAGUACUCGGUUCGAUCGGGUAGUGGUGGAGUGGGCGCUUCGUCUACUCGACAGUGGAGCAGGUUGCAAUCCAAGAAGAAUAGGAAAAAAAGGAACGUUAACUCCAGAGGUCUUAUCAGUAAGCCUUUCAUUGAGCUGCCUCGGGUUCAGGUCUCAUCUGGCAGCCUUGUUCGUGUGAAAACGAUGCUAGUCCCUCGGGAAUCGUAUAUAUGUACACAUAUGCAAGGCCUGCUCAGUGUCCCUACUGGUGAAGAGUGAGUCUGAAACUCUCGACGGUAGUUCAUCGUUCCAUCGCAUGGCCAACUGCCAGGCGUCGUCGGUUAUGUUCUAUGCAUAUACAUAAUUGAGAGUGAACGUUAUCGAGACGUCAACGACGACGAAUGGUUUUUCCUUUUUGUAGGUACCCAAUCCGAGACAGUGAGUGAGUGCGUUGCAGAAAUGGGCCUUUCAUUCAUAGAUUCUGCCCGGUGGCUUUCCACGACGACUGACAGCUAAUCAAUUUUUAAAUACCGUACACCGUGCGUGUUUGUCGGGGAGCUUGUUGUUGUUGUUGUGGUAAACUGAUCCCGGACGAAGCUGCCGCUAAACAGACCAGUUGCACUGGUUUCCGUGUAUGUUUGCAUACUUUUUUUUAUAUUUAUUUGGGUGAAUCGCAAGUGCAAGCAAGUGUAAAAGCAAAAUAUUUCCAGGGCACGUGAGAGAGAAAAACCGUGAGAAUCGUGAGUUGCACACGUACGUACGUCUGGACUAGGAGGAAAACAAUCUGUUUUGAUGCUAAGGUAUAUAUUCCCAACACCAAACACGUCAACGAACGGCGAACAACAGGACAGAACAGAGUCCUCCUUGGAGCGCUACGGAAUUACGUGAGUGAGUGAAGGCGCUUGGGCCCCGAGAUUAAUUCUGGUCACCACAGCAGCAGCAAUUGUGGGAGUGCAAAAGCAAAGUGUAAAGUGUUAUUUUCCAAUUACUAUAAGUGCACCCGGUAAAGAGUGAGAGCAUUAAUUAGAGAGCGUGUGCAUCGUCGUUGCUAGGACCUUGGACCGGGGAAAUAAAUUGCCUUCAUGAUUUGAUACAGGAUACUCUUUCCUGGUCGGUCCCCGGUCGAUGUUGUUCGCGUCAUAGUGUGCAAGCCUCGUCGUUCGUCAGCAGACCAGGAUGGUGUGAUGGAGUUUGUUGAAGGCUGCCAGUAGCGAAGUGGAGAAAAUAGUGUUCACAUUUUAUUCUUCCUUCGGAGGCUCAGGCUGCAGUCGCAAGGAGCAGCAGCAAAACUAAUCGAUUAUCAGCGGAAGCUUUUACACACUCGCAGGCAAGAGCACACAAACACCGACACACUCACAAACACAAAUAGGAAAGCAACAGCAUCAGCGCCAUGGGUUGUGAACUAACGAAAUUAGCCAGUAGUAACGGGAGCUCCAAAGGUAACAAUGUCCCGAGUUUGGACGCCUGUGGACCACCCCCAACGGACAGCCGGUUGCCGCUCACUGCCAAACAGAAAUACACCAUGGUGGCCUCGUGGAAAGGCAUCAGCCGAGCGAUGGAGACUACCGGGAUUCACAUGUUUAUCAAAUUGUUUGAAGAACAUGUAGAACUGCUAGAUAUGUUCGCCAGUUUUAAGGAGCUCAAAACGAGAGAAGAACAGGCAACGUCCGAAGAACUGGCAGAACAUGCCAACAAGGUGAUGAACACGCUGGACGAGGGAAUCCGCGGCCUGGAUGAUCUGGACACGUUCUUCGAGUUUAUCCACCAGGUGGGGGCAUCCCACAGGCGGAUACCCGGUUUCAAACAGGAAUACUUCUGGAGAAUAGAGGAACCCUUCCUAUCGUCGGUAUCGAACACACUGGGCGAUCGAUACACGCAAAACGUCGAAGGAAUUUACAAGCUGACUAUCAAAUUCAUAAUCGAAAAUCUGGUCGCAGGGUAUGAAUCAAGUGCCAACAAUAACGAGGACGUCAACAAUGCGAAUUUGUCGACGACGGGGGCGGGGCCGACGACCAGUGGGGGCAAGAAGACAUCUUGAACGACAGCUUAGCAAAAAGUGUGCAACAACAGCAGCGUAGUAAAUGUAGCAUAGAACCCGAAAAAUUCCAACCGUUGUUGAGAGUGAGCAUGAAACCGUUUGAGCCGAAAACGAGACAAGUAGGCCAUGUGUGUAGUGACGAACGACACGCUGUUAUUAUCAUUAUUAUUAUUAUUAUCGUGAAAACUGGAGCGAGCAUAAAUGGUGAGACAAUGUCCAACAAUAACGCGGAACACAAGACCAACAAGGAGUGAAAUACAACGGGCGAAGAGCAGCCAGCUCCUUGAAAAAAAAUCUAGAACCUUCCCGCCUACUCUAUGAACAAUUGCUACAAGAAGACACUCUACUCUCUCUAUCUCACACACACACAAACACUUUUUGUAUACUACUCUCAAAAUAAGCAGAACUGUGCAGGACACUCGAAACUUUUUUGUAUGCAUUUAAACAUUUAUAUAGCAGGAACAAAAUAGCAGUGGAGCAGGAUAAAUAGACAGAGAACGAAAGGGAAAAAAAAGAUUAAAAAAAGAAGUAAAUUGACGGAAACCAAAAGCAGCAGCAACAGCAGCAGCAACUACAAACUUUUUUCGCCUGAACGGCCAACAACCGAACCGUACCAUCAUCGGAGCAUAUGCAACGUACCUUGGAGGGACACAGCAAAAACCGGACGGACGAGCACCAUGUCAUACAUCUUCAUAUCUAUAAAGCGGUCACUGGAUAUCUUCUCUCCCUCCCACACCUGACUUACCGGCUGACCGACCAAGGAUGACGACAACGCGGCGCAGCUAGUGUUCCCGGCGUGGGUGACUGAUGAUAGAGAUAGCGACAGAGCGCGCGGAAUCUUGAACACUGGAAUUGUACGGAAAGGACGGACGAUAUAGCCGAAGCAUGAAAAGCGUUUUUAUUGAACAAACAUACAUUACAUGUGUGCACGAGUAUAGAUGUAACCGAGCGAACGCACAUAUGUACAGUUAGUAGGACAUGCAUAGAAAGCCAUGGAAGAAACGGGAAUAGAAACCAUCCCAUCAAAGUAGGCCGGGAAUGGUGAAGUUGACUUCUACCCGUUAGUCGGCGGCGACGGAUGGUUGGGGUAGACUGGAGACCGAAGGUAAGUGAGUGUCACAUUCAACC